AUGUGCGAUCCCUGCUGUGGUCCCUGUGCUGAUACAUGCGGUCCAUAUGGACCAAGUUCCGAUGAAUGCCACAGUCGCGAAUUACGAGCUGGCAUAAUGUACACAAAUUGUGAGUGUUGGAAACGUAAUGGACUACAAGAUCAAUGCCCACGAUCAAUGUGUCAGGGGCAAUGUUGUGCAAUGGGUCAAUCGGCUCCAAGUUGUUGUCCUUCGGCAUAUCCUUUGAAAUUUGCCUACAUGACAAUGGGAAGGGAUAAUAGAAGAAUGAAAUGCUAUGCGACUGCUGCGUGCUGUCCAAAACAACCUUGCUGGGAUCCUGGAUGUUGUUGA